AUGCCUCGAAAUAAAAUAUCGGAUAAUAUCAAAGGUAUCGUCAAAUAUAUUUUGGCCAAAAAGUAUUCAUACUAUGUGAUCCAGCAAGAACUAGCACGAAUGAAUUUGAGUGUACCAAAAAGCGCUAUCAGUCGUAUUGCUAAUAAGGUUGAAAAACAACGGCAAUUAUGCUUAUUGAAUAGUGAAAAACCAAAGUUUCAUCGUCGUCGUCAUAUAGCAACACCUUCCAUACUUCGUCGUAUUACAUCAUAA